AAACGGAUAUUCAAGCGCUAGCCCAAAAAUAGCCUUUGCGGCUAUCAUUACACAUAUGCCUAGUGAUGUGCUCGGCGUGAAUUCACAAUAUUCAUUGGACUUUUGUCUAUAUAUAUAUAAUCACAUGGUGAAUGUGUUACUGUUGGUUAUUUAAAUGGUUCACACGUUCACAUCUUUACAACCCAACAACAAUUACUGAGCUAACGUUAGGUUAGCUCCACCGCUAGCCUAGCUCUUGUCGUUUUGUUGACGUCUGGCUACAGAAAAGUUUCCAGAGCCAUCGUUAGAGGGAACUGAGUGAUUAUGGCUGACCCAGCGCGGAUCAAAGUUGAUGACAUAUCUGAGAGAACGACCUCAGCCACUGAGGAGCACCAAAAAUCUGAGGAUACUGAAGGUGUAUCUGCCACAGCACCACCUGCACAGGAAAACAAAGACGCGUCCUCACAAGAUCAGUUAAAACAGGAGGAUAAACCUGAGACAGCAACACAAGAGGAUGAGGAGGAAGGAACAUCUGGUCAGUCUGCCUCUAAAAGGCUGAAGGUGGAACCAGAGAAGAAGAAGGAGAAACGCCACAAGGUGGAUGAGGAUGAAAUACAAAAGAUGCAGGUUCUGGUGUCAUCCUUUUCUGAGGAGCAGCUGAAUCGCUAUGAAAUGUACAGACGUUCUGCCUUCCCUAAGGCGGCCAUCAAGAGGCUGAUCCAGUCCAUAACAGGAUCAUCAGUGUCUCAGAAUGUAGUAAUUGCCAUGUCUGGUAUUUCUAAGGUUUUUGCUGGGGAAAUUGUCGAGGAAGCAUUGGAUGUUUGUGAAAAGUGGGGAGAUACACCACCUCUUCAGCCCAAACACAUGAGAGAAGCAGUGAGAAGGUUGAAGAGCCGAGAUCAGAUCCCCAACACCAAGUAUAAAAACAUUCUCUUUCACUGAGGCACCUGAGUUUCAGAUUGUGUUGGGGUGAUGGAGUCAGAAGAAGAAAUUUGUGAUGAAAACACAGAUAUAUGCCAUUGAAAUCUUGACAUAAAACCAUAGUUACCUUACUGCAGUCAACCUUCACUACCUGACCAGGCUCAGUAUUAGCUGAGGUCCUGAAGAUUGGUCAAAGUGGCAGGGAAGUAGAUCUGACACUCUGGGUCCUUCCACAGUUUAUCUUGACACUGUAGUUGUGAUGAUGUGACACAGUUGAACAGAUGUAAAGCUCAUGUAUUAUGGUUGUAAAUACAGUUUUAUAUGUGAAAAUCUGAAAUGUGUUGUCCUUGUGCUUUAGUUAAUUAACAACUUUGGAGAAAUGCUUUACAAUCUCAUGGUUUUCAACUUGUAUUUUUAAGAGGCAAUGAUUCAUGCCAAGGACUGUAUUUUGAUUUAUUUAGAACAGUUCACAAGCAAAAAGCAGUGAAAUUGUUAUAAUCAAAUUUGUUAUGUAUAAAUCAUAUUUCAUGUCUGACAUACACUAUAAUAAAACUUUUUUAGAUUUA